AAAGCAACUAAAGGUGAUAAAAGAACUAACACAAGCAAAGGACUUUGGCAGGGUUUUCCUUUUGUUCUUUCUUCUUUUUUUUGAUCUUGGUUUAGGGAGCAAAAUGGGACAGAACUUCACCAACGCCGAAGGGGAGCAAGCAGAUAUUGAUGUUGCUGAAUUGCAGGAAUGGUAUAAGAAAUUCGUGGUUGAAUGUCCCAGUGGGACCCUCUUCAUGCAUGAAUUCAAGCAGUUCUUUGGGGUCCAGGAUAACCAUGAAGCAGCACAGUAUGUUGAAAGCAUGUUCAGAGCUUUUGAUAAGAAUGGGGAUAAUACCAUUGAUUUUCUGGAAUAUGUAGCUGCCUUGAAUCUUGUUUUACGAGGAAAACUGGAACACAAGCUGAGGUGGACAUUCAAAGUAUAUGACAAGGAUGGGAAUGGCUGCAUAGAUAAACCUGAGCUGCUGGAAAUUGUUGAGUCUAUCUACAAGCUGAAGAAAGUGUGUUGGUCGGAGGUGGAGGAGAGGACUCCGUUGCUCACACCAGAGGAGGUUGUGGACAGAAUAUUUCAGUUAGUGGAUGAAAAUGGGGAUGGGCAGUUGUCGCUUGAUGAGUUCAUUGAUGGGGCCAGGAGAGACAAGUGGGUGAUGAAGAUGUUGCAGAUGGAUGUAAACCCUGGGGGAUGGAUCUCUGAGCAGAGGAGAAAGAGUGCUUUGUUCUGAGAGAAUUCAGUUUUGAUGCAGCUGAAAAUGUGAUGCUGACUACAACUGUGGCUCUCUUACUCCAGGGUGGUCGUGGCUUUCCUUCUUAAUACAAUCUCAGCAUCCGCAUGAAAACUUCAGUGGUUUAAGAAGCCAUAUCUCAAUCUAAAACCCAUGUGCUGCGUACUGCUGGUACC